AUGAAGAUAGAAGUAGUAUCAAGAGAGUCAAUACGACCCUCAUCUCCAACUCCCCAUCACUUAAAUUCCUACAGCUUAUCCCUUCUUGAUCAACUUUGUCCUCCACUUUACGUUCCUCUUCUCCUUUAUUAUACCAAUCAAGCCAAGCUGAAUGGUAUUGAUCGCAACCUUGAUGACGAGGAAUCUUCAUGUCGUUACCGCUGCGAUGUUCUCAAGAAAUCCUUAGCGGAGACCUUAACAAAAUAUUAUCCAUUGGCUGGAAGGAUAGAAGAUGAUGUAUCUGUUGAGUGUAACGACCAGGGUGUGGAUUUUAUCGAAGCGCGAGUAGUUGGUAAAGAAGUUUAUCAAGUUAUCCAACUCACGGAUUCUGUCAAUAUCGAUGUUAUGGAACCAUUUCUACCAUUUGAGCCUUAUGGUGAGUAUGGCUCUACAUUUGGGUUGGGACUAGAUUUGGUCUCCAAAGCUCUCUUGAAAAUCCAAGUAAAUGUCUUUGAUUGUGGUGGGAUUAUUAUCUGUGCUUACAUCUUCCACAGGAUAGCUGAUGGGACUACGUUCGUUAAUUUUAUAAAGGAUUGGGCAGCCACGGCUCGCGGUGGUUCUUGUACUCUAGAUGGUGCUAAAUUAAAGGUCGCAGUGAUGGAUGAACCUCGUUAUGAAUUGUCUUCUCUGUUCCCACCAAGAGCUUUAUUGGGUUUCAACGUCAAUGAAAUGAUCGAAACAGAAAAAGGAAUUCUCACAAAAAGAUUUGUUUUCAAGGCCUUGAACAUCGCUCAGCUUAAGAAAAAGUGCAUCCAUGAUGCAAAAGCAGCUUAUGUGGGAUCAGAUUAUGAGGGUGAGGAGCAGGAACAGCAGCUUCCAACGCGUUUUGAAGCGUUGACAUCACUUAUAUGGAAGUGUUUCAUGGAUGUGGAUCAUCAAUCUAAAGCAAGACAACAGGAAGAUGUUGCUGUUCUAAGACAGGUGCAGCAUUAUGGUGCGUCUUUUUCAUUAAAUUUGAGAACAAGGAUGAAUCCACCGCUGCCUAGCAACACUUUCGGGAAUGCAGUUGGCCUUGCCAUGGCACAAGUAUCCCAUAAUCUUGAUAACAAUGUCGAAUAUGCAGAGCUGGUGUCCAAGGUUAAGAAGGCCAUAGAGCAGAUCGACUAUGAUCACGUAAGAGCACUGCAAAGUGCAGACGCACUGUCAAACAUCGAGAAGAUGAAACCGAAACUGGAAAAAGGUACAGUGCUGUUACACUUCACCAGUAGAUGUAGGUUCCCAAUUUAUGAAGCAGCAGAUUUUGGUUGGGGGAAACCAACUUGGGCAAGUCUUUCAAAAUUACCUACCAAAAAUCUUGUUAUGUUUAUGGAUACAAGUUCAGGAGACGGAGUAGAAGCAUAUGUGAGCUUGAAAAAUGAAGACAUGGUUGAAUUUGAACGCCACGAGGAACUCCUUGCAUUCGUUGCUUAA